CUCUAACUUUAUUGGAGGGCAAGCUUGCUUUACGGCUCAGGGCCGCUUUUUACGUCAUUUUCCGGCUUCCCAUUCACUUCGCAGUGAAGAUGGCGUCGGGUAGCGGGACAAAAAACUUGGACUUUCGCCGAAAGUGGGACAAAGAUGAAUAUGAGAAACUCGCCGAAAAGAGGCUCACGGAAGAGAGAGAAAAGAAGGAUGGAAAACCAGUGCAGCCAGUCAAACGGGAGCUUCUCCGACAUAGAGACUAUAAGGUGGACCUGGAAUCCAAGCUUGGCAAGACAAUUGUCAUUACCAAGACCACGCCGCAAUCUGAGAUGGGAGGGUAUUACUGUAAUGUCUGUGACUGUGUGGUGAAGGACUCUAUCAACUUCCUGGAUCACAUUAAUGGAAAGAAACAUCAGCGAAAUCUGGGCAUGUCUAUGCGUGUGGAACGUUCCACCUUGGAUCAGGUGAAGAAACGUUUUGAAGUCAACAAGAAGAAGAUGGAAGAGAAACAGAAAGAUUACGAUUUUGAGGAAAGAAUGAAAGAGCUCAGAGAAGAGGAGGAAAAGGCCAAAGCCUACAAGAAAGAGAAACAGAAGGAGAAGAAAAGGAGGGCUGAGGAGGACUUGACAUUUGAGGAGGAUGAUGAGAUGGCAGCUGUGAUGGGCUUCUCUGGCUUUGGUUCCACCAAGAAGAGUUACUGAGGCUUUCCGUGCUUGGCUCUUUGCUAACUUUGUGUGUGUGUGGGGGGGGUGUCAUUUUUUGGGGGGUACUUGGGAAAGUCCUUAAGAGCCACAAUGGGGAGGGCUAGAGGGUGGGUGUCUGUGGUUUCCCUCUACUUUGGGAGGGAGCACAGGAUGCAAAGGUAAUGCUAUGGCGUAUUCCCUCAGUAUGUCACUGGAGUCACAGGACCUCUGCCUGAGUUCCCAAUAAAGAAAAACCUCUUCUGAGGCUGCUUUCCCAAAACUCCCCCUGUAUCUUUCCCUCUUCAUCUGUCCAAUUUCUUCUCUGAGCAUCCUACAUUUAUCCUGUGUUUUCUCUCUGUUUUAAUUUUGACUCUUGCUUAGCCUGCAGCAGAAUGGUUUUCUGGGUCCCAGUGUCCAGUUGAUAGCACAUUUUUGAACAGCCCUCUUUCCCCCCCAACCCCCUGUGGUUCUUCACCACCUGUGCAUGCAUGUGUAUUUCUGCCUGGGUCAGUGGUAUGUGCGGGCGUGUGUGCAUGAAUUUGUCACAUAGAGGGAGCCAGAGCUAGAACCUCAGAACAUUGCUGCCUUGGGGUCUUAUGUUCGUGGCUCCCUCAGUGCAUGUAACAGGAAAUUAAAUGGGACGAGUGUUUGGUGUGGUUUUUGUCUGGUGAGUUUUUUAACCUUUCUUUUUCAUAUGUAGACUGUUAGCUUUUCCUCUUUGUUUCAUUUUGUUGAGGAUUACUCUUUUUUUUUCUUCCUUGUGAGCAGGCUCUUGGAAGAACCUGUUUGAUGCAAAAAAGAAAAAGGAAAAAAAAAACCUUAAUAUGGGAGCCCUUGGGUCUCAGAGACUGUUCAACAUGUAUAAUAAAUGGCAUUGACUGGGCCUGUUAA